AUGGCGUCGUCUUCUUCUUCUUCGUCAUCAGCCUACGACAUACCAUGGGUGGAGAAGUACAGGCCCAGCAAUGUCGCCGACAUUGUGGGCAACGAAGACGCCGUGUCUAGGCUCCAGGUCAUCGCUCGCGACGGCAACAUGCCCAACCUCAUCUUGGCCGGUCCUCCUGGAACUGGUAAGACCACUAGUAUACUUGCUCUUGCGCAUGAGCUCUUGGGACCAAAUUAUAAGGAGGCUGUUUUAGAGCUGAAUGCAUCAGACGACAGGGGAAUAGAUGUUGUGAGGAACAAAAUUAAAAUGUUUGCUCAAAAGAAAGUCACAUUGCCUCCCGGGCGGCAUAAAGUUGUCAUCUUGGAUGAAGCUGACAGUAUGACAUCUGGAGCACAACAAGCUUUGAGGCGGACAAUGGAAAUAUAUUCAAAUUCCACUCGUUUUGCUCUUGCGUGCAAUGUAUCUUCCAAAAUUAUUGAGCCUAUUCAGAGUAGAUGUGCCCUUGUCCGAUUUUCUAGAUUAUCUGAUCAGGAGAUACUUGGUCGCCUAAUGAUAGUGGUUCAAGCUGAAAAGGUUCCCUAUGUUCCAGAAGGUCUUGAAGCCAUUAUUUUCACUGCUGAUGGUGAUAUGAGGCAGGCACUGAAUAACCUGCAAGCUACAAACAGUGGAUUCCGGUUUGUCAACCAAGAAAAUGUUUUCAAGGUCUGUGACCAGCCUCAUCCAUUGCACGUAAAGAAUAUGGUGUGCAAUGUGCUUGAAGGGAAAUUUGAUGAUGCUUGUUCAGGUCUCAAGCAGCUCUAUGAUUUGGGCUACUCCCCAACUGACAUAAUCACUACCUUUUUCCGUAUCAUAAAGAAUUAUGAUAUGGCUGAGUAUUUGAAAUUGGAAUUCAUGAAGGAAACAGGUUUUGCUCACAUGAGAAUCUGUGACGGAGUUGGCUCCUACCUUCAGCUGUGUGGUCUUCUGGCUAAGCUUUCCCUAAUUCGUGAGACGGCUAAAGCGACAUAA